GCCUCGCUUGUUUUCCGGCCAGAUCAGCGGAGCCAUCGCCGUCCCGCCAGCCCAGCCCAGUCCAGCCCUGAUCUGCCGUCUGCCAUCUGCCCUCUGGACCGCACCUCCCUGCCUCAAGCAUCCUCAGCAUCCCGAGCACCAUGGACGUCUCCGAUCUGACCGACCGUCUCCUCUUUGCCAUCCCCAAGAAGGGCCGGCUCCACGAGCAGGUCCUCAAGCUGCUCGAGGGCAGUGACAUCCAGUUUGUGCGCAAGAACCGGCUCGACGUUGCCCUCUCGACCAACCAGCCGCUGGCCUUGGUGUUCUUGCCGGCUCACGACAUUGCCAAGUUCGUGGGCGAGGGCAACGUUGACUUGGGCAUCACCGGCCAGGACAUGGUGGCCGAGAGCGGUGCCUAUGUCGAGGAGCUCUUGUCCCUUGGCUUUGGUUCGUGCUCGCUGUCCUUCCAGGCCCCGCUCUCGGCCAGCGAAACCAUCCGCUCGCCCCUCGACCUCGUCGGCAAGCGCAUCGUCACCAGCUUUCCCUAUGUCGUCUCAAAGUACUUUGCCGCCCUCGAGGCCGAACUCGCCCAGUUCCCGAACGGAUACACCAAGGAGCAGGGCGAGCAGGCCCUGAAGCGUGCUGCCGAGGCCGCCCAGCCACCCACCGAGCACAUCAACCACAGCAACAUCAGCACCCCGACAACCCAAACUCGCAUCAAUUACGUCUCUGGAUCGGUCGAGGCUGCCUGCGCCCUCGGUCUUGCCGACGGCAUUGUCGAUCUCGUCGAAUCGGGCGAGACCAUGCGCGCUGCCAAGCUCCAUGCCAUCGGCGACAUCCUCAGAACCCAGGCCGUCCUCGUCUGCAAUCCCAACAAGCGCCAGACCCAGCCCCUGAUCGGCACCAUUCUUCGGCGCAUCCAAGGCGUCAUCGCCGCCCAGCGCUACGUCCUCUGCAACUACAACAUCCACCGCUCGCGCCUGCCCGAGGCCAUCAAGAUCACCCCCGGCAACAAGGCUCCGACCAUCAGCAACCUCGAGGACCUGUCCAACGGCGUCUACGAGGGCUGGGUGGCUGUCUCGUCCAUGAUCGAAAAGAAGAAGCAGGCCGAGAUCAUGGACCAACUCGAUGCCGUCGGAGCCAGCGACAUUCUGGUCUUCAACAUUCUCAACUCGAGAGUCGUAUAGAUUUGACUACAUCUCCUUCUCCAUAACCCCGAUCCGGUCCCCCCCCCCGAAAGGAUUCGUAGCAAUCCCUCCUUAUCGCCCACCCUUCCGCCUCCCCACUCCUUUCUUUUACACUCUACAUGCAGCUCAAAGAAUACACGCCCAGCUUGCCCAUGCGACGUUCAAGCAUGACCACAGCGUGCAAGCCAACAAACGCAGUGC